AUGGCCUCCACCCAAGCCUCCACGAUCCUGGACCAGCUCGUUGAAGCAGGCAAAGCCUUCAAACAAGAUGAGCCCGGUUCACGAGAGGCUCUAAUCGCACACAGCCGCGCUCUUGUUGCUGCAUUAGAGAUUCCAAGCGAAUUUAUCCAAAGGACGUUCUGGGCAGAGCCGGCUCAAUCAGCAACAAUUCGCCUAGCAGUAGACACAAACCUCUUCCAACACCUCCGUGACGCAGGCGCUGCCGGCCUAGAUGCCUCAACUCUGUCGCAAAAAACCGGAAUUGAAACAUCCUUGCUCCAACGCCUCACCCGCCAUUUGGUAGCAACAAACCUGCUCACCUACCACGAAAACGCAUUCCACGCCACAGAACUAAGCAACGGCCUCUCCGAGGAACGAUACCAACAUAGUAUCUCAUUCUGCUAUGACGCUGCCCGACCUUCGUUUAACGGGUUCCCCGGAUAUUUUAAGAAGAAUGGGUAUCAAGCGCCCACGCUUGGGGGGACGGAUGGGCCGUUUCAGGCUGCUCAUGGGACAGAGCUGACUUUCUUUGAUUGGCUUGUUGCUACGCCGCCGCAUUUGAGGCAUUUCGACUCUUUCAUGUCGGCUUACCGGGCUGGUAAGAAGAAUUGGUAUGAUGAGGGGUUUUAUCCUGUUGUUGAGAGGUUGGUGAAUGGGUUCGAGGGAGGUGAGAAUGGUGAUGUUUUGCUUGUUGAUGUUGGUGGAGGGCGUGGUCAUGAUGCUGCUGCCUUUGUGAAGGGGCUCGAGGAGAAGGUUGGAAAGGUUAUCUUGCAGGAUCGCGAGCCUGUUAUUGAGAGUGUGGUGGGGAGUGGCGUGGAGAAGCUAGGAUUUGAGGCUCAGGCUCAUGAUUUCUUUACGCCGCAGCCUGUUAUUGGUGCGCGCGCUUAUUCGUUGCAUUCUAUUCUACAUGACUGGAGUGAUGGGGACGGAGUGCGGAUUCUGGAGAAUCUCGUGCCCGCGCUGAAGAAGGGCUAUUCUCGUGUUCUCUUGAAUGAGAUCGUCGUUAGUGAGGAGCAUCCUACGCUCGCGGCGACGAGUAUGGAUAUGAUGAUGCUGGCACAUUUCGCUGUGCGGGAGAGAACUGAAGCCGAGUGGAGGGGCAUCCUGGAGACGGCUGGAUUAAGAGUUACGGCGAUUUAUACGUAUCCUGGUGUCGCAGAGAGUCUGAUUGAAGCUGAGUUGGCUUAG